UUGUCUCCCUCCUCUGAAGGGGCUUUGGGUACCCACCCCCGAAAGGCGUCACUUUUGGCUGCUAUCCUCCCCGCUAGGUGCCGUCUUGAAUCGCAGGCUGUGCUUGGGGUGAGGUUUCGCCAAGUGGGUCGGAAAUGUGGGUGGGUGCGGGGGAGUAUUGAACGAGCAGGGAAUAGGGGAAACGCCAUCGCUGGUGCAAACAAGCAGCAGCAGCUGGAAAAAAACAAAGGAGUGAAGGGCGAGGAGAAUGGAGUUGUUGGUGGGGAGCGCCGCCACUGCAGCAGGAGCAGCAACAAGACUCACCCUCGCAGACCACCACCCUCACAGGAUCAGCUCCUCUCCCUGCGCCGUUUCCCUCGAGGCUCGCUCAUUGCGGGACUUGACGCUCAAUUCCAGCUCUGAGAAACCAUGGAAACCGAAGCACAUAAACUUGCAAAAGUUUAAAAGAUGUUCAAAGAUAAGCUGCCUGAAACACGAAGAACAGCAAAAUAGCAAGCGCAAGGAACGAGAGAAAAAGCAUGACCGUAAUGGAUUCGAGGCCCCUCUCAGCGGAGGCUUCAACGGCAGCAUGGAGGAUUCUGGUUUCCAAAUGCCGGAUGCUGAUUGGCUUUACAAGCUUGAUGACGUUGACGAGGGCCCUGAUGCCCCAUUUCUAGAUGCCGUUGUAAAGGUUUAUUGCACACAUACGGAUCCUAACUUCUCUCUACCAUGGCAAAAGCGACGACAAUACUCUUCUACAGGCAGCGGGUUUAUGAUACAGGGCCGAAGAUUAUUGACAAACGCCCACUGUGUUGAACAUCACACGCAGGUGAAGGUGAAAAGACGAGGUGACGACACAAAAUUCGUGGCAACGGUCUUAGCAAUAGGACCAGAAUGUGACAUAGCAUUGCUUGCAGUUGACGACGAAGAGUUUUGGAAAGGGGUCGAACCACUGAAGUUUGGAAGUCUCCCUCGUCUACAGGAUGCUGUCACUGUUGUUGGGUACCCAAUUGGUGGAGAAUCUAUAUCUGUUACAAGCGGUGUUGUCUCACGUAUCGAGGUAACUUCAUAUGUACAUGGAGCAUCAGAGCUUCUCGGAGUUCAGAUAGACGCAGCUAUCAAUGCAGGUAACAGUGGUGGCCCUGUUUUCCACGAGAAUGGCGAGUGUGUUGGUAUUGCAUUUCAGUCUUUGAAAGGAGCCGAUGCCGAGAAUAUUGGUUACGUCAUACCGACUACUGUCAUCCACCACUUCUUGAGUGACUAUGACACCAACGGGAAAUACACAGGUUUCCCUUCCAUGGGAGUUUUGUGGCAAAAACUUGAGAAUCCGGCAUUGAGAGCUUUCCUCAAAAUGAAACCAGACCAGAAGGGUGUGUUGGUAAGAAGAGUUGAGCCAACGUCUCCAGCCUUUCAAGCCAUCAAAGAGGGCGACGUACUCUUGAGUUUCGACAACAUCCCAGUGGCUAAUGAAGGCACUGUUCCAUUCCGGGCAGGCGAAAGAAUUUCCUUCGGCUUCUUGAUCAGCCAAAAAUUUUCUGGUGACACUGCUAAGUGCAAAAUGCUACGUGAUGGAGAAGUCAUCGAGAUCGAAACGACUCUCAAGGCCCCAGUUCAUUUGGUUCCGGUGCACAUCGAGGGGAAGCUACCAUCAUACUUGAUUGUAGCAGGGCUUGUGUUUACUCCUGUGUGCAACCCCUACUUGGAAUCUGAAUAUGGACAAGACUUUGAGUAUGAUGCCCCGGUCAAGAUAUUGGAAAAGUCACGGCAUGGAAUGGCAGAGUUCGAUGACGAACAGCUCGUUGUAGUUUCCCAGGUUCUAGCCAACGACGUCAACAUUGGUUAUGAAGAGAUUGCUAAUACUUUGGUGAAGACAUUCAAUGGAGUCAAGAUACGCAAUCUGAGACACCUUGCAGAUCUCAUUGACACCUGUACAGAUGAUUUCAUGAGAUUCGAGCUGGAUUACUGCUCCUUGGUGGUGCUGGAAACCAAAGUAGCUCGUAGUGUCACGCCCAAAAUCCUCGAAGACAAUUGUGUGCCAACUGAUCGGUCCCAGGACCUCAUAACUAGCGCUGCUCUGCCACUUCAGAAGGAGGAAGAGGAUGCCACUGCCAACGGUGGAUUGUAACAAUCUGCCACAUAGGAACCCAUAUUGCAAAAUAGGUAUAGAACCACCAUUCAAAAUCCUCUAACAAAGUAGACACAAAAGUAGAGCAUUUGUUGGGGGGGGGGGGGGGGGGGGGGGGUUUACUCCGUCUGUCUACUACUUAUGAGCCUGAAUUCGGUUCCAAAACCCCUUCUUCUCCGUUCCUGUGGGUGCAUAAUUUUAAGGGCAGAUUGUCCUCAUUCUUGCUCAUUCUGGUACAAGUCUGAUGGUAUUGAUCCCAAAGGUGACUUACUUACUUACUUACUUACUUACUUACUCACUUGCUUACUUAGCAAACACAAUUACUGAAGAAAAUUUGCACUUCCUGUGUCCUCAUUCUAAA